AUGCGUCCUCCUGAUGACAGCGGCGGAGGAAUCAGCGGCCUCUGUCUGGCCGUGGCUCUCUCAAGGCACUCGGACAUCCAAGUCGACAUCUAUGAAGCCGCCGGGCGGUUCGCAGAGAUCGGCGCGGGGGUCAUGAUAUGGUCGCGGACGUGGAGGAUCUUGGAGCUCAUGGGUCUGGCGGACGACUUCUCGCGGGUGGCCCACGCGCCCCAGGACGGCUCGACGGGCGUCGGCUUCGACUUCCGGCGCUCAGACAUGUCCAGCGAAGGGUUCCGGUUCUAUCUCUUCCAGCUGCCCCAUGGCUGCAUCCGGUUUCACAGGGCCCAUUUUCUCGACGUCUUCGUCGACCAUCUCCCGGACGGGGUCGCCAAGCUCAACAAGCGCCUCUCUUCCUACGACGCUAGCGCGGGUGGACUCAUCACCCUCCGCUUCGCCGACGGCACCUCGGAGCUGUGCGAUCUCCUUGUGGGCUGCGACGGUAUCAAGUCCACCGUGCGCUCGUGUAUGCUGCACAAUCUCGCCGCGAGUGGACGUAUGGAGAUGCUGGAGUGUGUGGAGCCCGUGUUCAGCGGUACGGUCGCUUAUAGAGGCCUGAUACCUAUUCGUCGGCUGUCUGAAGGUACGAAGGUGCACCGGACGGUUGAGACGCCUAUGAUGUAUUGUGGCAAGAGCAAGCACGUCGUGAGUUACUCGAUCUCGCAGGGCACGGUCGUCAACGUUGUGGCCUUGGCGUCGGAUCUCGCAAGAGAAGGGACCGUGUACGAUGGCCCGUGGGUCUCUCCUUGCUCAAAAGAGGAGCUGCUCGCGUGCUACGUCGGAUGGGAGCCCGAAGUCAAGGAACUCCUCGAUCGCAUCGAGACUCCUACAAAAUGGGCGCUUCAUGCAUUGAAGCCGCUAUCGACGUAUGUGACGAGCAAUGUAGCAUUGGUGGGAGAUGCUGCGCAUGCCAUGCUUCCACAUCAAGGAGCCGGAGCUGGACAAGCCAUCGAGGACGCCUUCGUUCUCGCCUCUCUCCUCGGCGACGCGUCCACGAACACUUCCACGCUCGCACAUGCUCUCGAAAUCUACGAGAGCAUCCGGCUACCCAAAGCCCAUCAUGUUCUGAACGGAUCACGAGAGUCCGCAAUCAUGUAUGAAUUCAAUAGCAGCUAUGGGGAGCAUUACGAGACUUUGGGGCCGGCGAUCAAGCAACAAUGGGGCUGGUUGGAAGAUGGAAGCCCAGAAGAGGAUGUGCGAUCUGCUUUAGAUCAGCUGCGCCAAUAA